GUGAAAGGGGUCCGUAUGCAAUGCAACCGUUGUACCCCCGCCUCAUCCUGGCUCCUUGGGCCUGGGCAGGGCACCGCUAUAAAAGCAAACCACGUCGCCCCUCAGAUACGUAGUGUUUUCCCGUGUACUGCACAAGAAAAAUCACCCACAAUGAAGUUCGUCAUUGUCCUUUUCGCCGCUAUGGCUGUUGCCAGUGCUUACCCUGGAUACUUACACGCGCCGGUACACGCUCCGGAAGUCCACCAAGUGCUCCAGAUUCCGCAACAACCGGCUAUUCCACCCCCACACCCCCAGCCCCUGAACAUUAAGAUCCCGCAUGUGCCAACCGUGAAGAUCCCAUACCAUGGACCCAAGGUCGCGACACCGCACCUCAUCGGCGUCGAGCACUACGUGGAGCCUCAGAUAAAGGUGGUGAAGGCCGCCCCCAUCUCCCAUCAUCCUUGGGAUUAAAGUUCCGCACGGCGCCAACUGAACUCGCUGGCCCAGGGUGAGCGUCCAUCCUGGACGAGCCGUCCACGAGGUGCAUCUGGAGUAGCGACGCUUCACGAAUAACGAUAACCAUGGCCAACAUCGAAAUUUUCCUGGCGGGAAAGAAGCUCGAGACGAUAUACAUUUGAAGCAUCCGACCGUUUGCCAACGCUCGAGUUCUUCGUUCUCGAGGGAAACUGACCCCUCCCCUCUUCUAGAAAAAUCGAUCGAGGAAAAAUCAUAUUGACGGAGGAGGGAGAAAGUAUCGUCGAUCAGUAUUAUCCAACGAAGAAACGAUGAACGAGGAACGUCGAGGUUACGGAUCCACGAUCACGAGGAUCAA